AUUGGAGUGGGAAGCCCCUUCCCAUCUAUGCUUCAAAAUGACCCAGAGCAAGCUAUUUUAGCUUUGUUCUUUUGAACUGGGUAUAGCCAAGAAGAGCCCUGGUGAUGCAACAUUGAAGUUCCCUUUCUCCACCUUAGGAGGUUAUUAGGGCUGAUUGGGACCCUUGGGCCUGGUCUUGAGCAUUUAUGUGCACUUAUGGAUGGGUGUUGCUGGUAGUAUCUUGGGGCCUCAACCCCAGGAAGGUCCCAGAAAAGGGACAAAGCCUCAUGACACUCUUCCCUCUCCUGCCCCACUGGUCCUUCUGUUACCUCCCAUCAAACUUUACUAGUUCACAGGUAUCCCCCAGGGGUUUCAAGGUUGUGUUAGAGGUCAAGGGAUUCUCCAUUCUUUGAAGAUCAGGAUUCCUAAGAAGAUAAGGGGAGGGAUUUUGAUUUGAGACUUGAGGCCCCAAAUGCAGAGUCCAUGCACAUAAUCCAUUGAUGUCCAUUGACAAACAUAAACUGUACAUGCCAUCUUACAAACUCAAGGUACAGGCGUGUAAAUCUAUUAACUUGAAAAUUCGGAUAGGCUAUGGUCCCACCCAUGCCACUUGGGGAAGCCCACUAGGAAAAUGGAUAGAGGCAAGUGUAGGUCAGCUUGCAUGGGCGCACGAACCUGGGUGGGCCAGGGACAAGAAGUAAAUGCGUUUCUCCGUACAGACACGUGGAGGGGGUUCCCCCCCCCAUCGAGAGAAGUGCACGUAGGGGAUGCACACGCGCACACGGGCUGAACGACCUCCAUCUCGCCAGCCUGGGGACAAGGGCGCAGGGCGGGGCCGUCUUCCUAGAGGCCCUGCCUCCUUCGGUCACGCGGGGCAGGGCCGCCUACGUCACGUGUCGGCUUCUUUCCUGUGACUAUUUCCGCUCUGUAGGCGGAAGGGCUAGGAGGGGUGUUUUCCGCUGUGGGGCUGGUCCUCGAGGGUUUCCGUAUCACGUGCUAAGGGGCGGGGCCUGGGUCAGCUGACGCGGCGGGUUUGAAGCGGCCCCUGAGGCUGUGUCCGAGACCGGGAGUCUUCCUCUCCCCGCAGUGUGGCUCCUUGCUGUUCCGGGUUUGGCCUGGUAUGGCGGACCCCGCGGGCCGGAGCGGCUCAGAGCGAGCGCCACUGCUUAGUCCUAGCUCUGGUCCUGGCUAUGGGUCCCAGGGAGAGUCCCUGCCUGUCAGUGAAGAGGAGGACCUGCGACGACGUCUCAAGUAUUUCUUUAUGAGCCCCUGUGACAAGUUCCGGGCCAAAGGUCGGAAGCCUUUCAAGUUGAUGCUCCAGGUUGCCAAGAUCCUCAUCGUUACCAUCCAGCUCAUCCUGUUUGGGCUCAGUAACCAGAUUGUGGUGAUGUUCCGAGAGGAGAAUACAGUGGCUUUCAAACAUCUCUUCCUCAAAGAUUAUGCAGAUGGGGCCGAUGAUAGCUAUGCUGUCUAUACUCAGUCUGAUCUCUACCAGUCCAUUUUCUUUGCAGUGGAGCAGUACUUGCAGAUCCCUGAUCAGUCCCUGGGCAGAUACGCCUAUGUGCAUGGUGGGGGUGGCCCUGAGGCAAAUGGCUCAGCCCUAGCAUUAUGCCAACGGUAUUAUCGUCAUGGGCACAUUGACCCUGCCAAUGACACCUUCAACAUCGAUCCAGUGGUGGUCACAGAUUGCAUCAGGGUGGACCCUGCAGAGCGAUACCCUCUGCCCCCAGAUGAGGAAGAGUUCCUUCUAUCCCCCCCACAAGGCAAUAGCUACAAGAACUUCACACUCAAGUUUCACAAGCUGAUCAACGUCACCAUCCGUUUCCAGCUCAAGACCAUCAACCUGCAGACCAUUAUCAACAAUGAAAUCCCAGACUGUUAUACCUUUACCAUCCUGAUCACAUUUGACAACAAAGCCCACAGUGGGCGAGUCCCUAUCAACUUGGAGACCAGUGCCCACAUUCAAGAGUGUAAACACCCCAGUGUUUCUGGACAUGGAGACAACUGGUUUCGCCUCUUCUUUGAUGUGGUAGUGAUUCUGACCUGUGCCCUGUCCUUCCUGCUCUGUGCCCGUUCCUUGCUGCGUGGUUUCCUGCUGCAGACUGAAUUUGCCCAUUUCCUGUAUUGUCAUCAGGGUCAGGCCUUGAGCCUGUGGGAGCGGCUGGAGUUUGUAAACGGCUGGUACAUCCUUCUUGUGGCCAGUGACAUAUUCACCAUCUCUGGCACUAUCAUGAAGAUUGGCAUUGAGGCCAAGAACUUGGCCAGCUACGACGUCUGCAGCAUCCUGCUGGGCACCUCCACUCUGCUCGUCUGGGUUGGCGUGAUUCGCUAUCUUACCUUCUUUCAGAAAUACAAUAUCCUCAUCGCCACACUUCGUGUUGCAUUGCCAAGCGUCAUGCGUUUCUGCUGUUGUGUGGCCGUCAUCUACUUGGGCUACUGCUUCUGUGGCUGGAUAGUGUUGGGGCCAUACCACACGAAGUUCCGGUCUCUCUCCAUGGUGUCUGAGUGCCUGUUCUCGCUCAUCAACGGGGACGACAUGUUUGUGACUUUUGCGGCCAUGCAGUCGCACAGCGGCCUGGUCUGGCUCUUCUCGCAGCUCUACCUCUACACAUUCAUCAGCCUCUUCAUUUAUAUGGUUCUCAGCCUCUUCAUUGCCCUCAUCACCGGCUCCUAUGAGACCAUCAAGCAGCACCAGUGCGAGGGUGAGGCCCAGGGCAGCCAGUUGCAGUCCUACAUCGCCCAGUGCCAGGACAGCCCCACCUCUGGCAAAUUCCGGCGCGGCAGCGGCUCCGCCUGCAGCCUCCUGUGCUGCUGCUGCUCUAGGUACCCAAAUCCUGGAGGGGGGUCUGGGCUGAAUCCCUGGGGGUGGGGCGGGGCCCAUGGGGACCUCCCCAUUCCCACUUCCCAUCCUUGCCUUUCUGCUUUUUCCUAGGGAACCCUUGCAGGAAAACUCCUUGCUGGUGAACUGACCGGCGGAAAAGUCUCGAGAGGUUUUUAGCCCCUCGAGGGAGUGGACUGGAUGCUUCCAGCGCCUUAUUUAUGGUUUUUAGGGACUGCUUUUAGGAAGUGACUCCAUGGAGCGGCGAGAGACCCCGCCCCCGCAGCAGGCCUUGGACUUCCGCUGCUUAGCUAAGGCCUGGCGGGGCCGGGCCGAGCUGAGCUGGGCCCGGCCCUUUUGUAGCGGGACUAGGGGCCUGGGGGGACAAUAAAAAAAUGUACGCCGGA